UGGAUCUCGGUGGAGCGUCGAGGGGUAGUAAUGGUCCGGCGCAAUGAGGAUCUCAGGCAGCUUGUCAUCACGCAACAAUCGCGUGCGCAGCAUUGGCCCGAGCCGUGGCCCCGCAGGUGGGGUGCGAGCCAGGGCCAGAAGGCCGCUUCGGCCUGUCAACGCGCGGCCGGUAAGUAAAUGGCCACCAGCGGGGCUGGGCGGUGCGCGCUGCGGCUCAAGCUGAAUAAUUGGCGCGUGCCCAUUGGCGCCGGGGACGCGCGGCAGGGCCAAAUCUUGGGCCGUUGCUCGGCCAUGCCGUGGCGCGCGCAGGGCCUCAAGUCGGGCCGGCGCGGGGACACGGCGCGCGCUGAUUAUUACCAGGCCCUAAUUGGACAGCAGGGCCACGAAGCGGUCCGUCGGCACGGUGCCUGGCGAGCUAGCAGCGUGCCCUGGCAAAGUGGAGCAGAGACGCCCUGUCUUUUUUUGUUGUGUUGUGGCUUUGCUCUGUUGUGUUUUUGUUAUUAUUGCUUUGAUUUGUUGUGUUUUUGUUGUUCUUUGCUUUGCUUUGUUGUGUUUUUGUUGUUCUUGCUUUGCUUUGUUGUGUUCUUUUGUUGUUUUGCUUUGCUGGUGCUUCGCUUUAUUGUUCUUUGCUGGGACCCCGGCCUCGCUUGUGUGGGUGCAAUUCCGCGGUAUGCUGUCGAACUAGCACUCCGCAGACAGCAUUCGCGCGUAGAGGAGGAUGAGUGCGCAUGGCGAGUCUGCGCCAAUUCUGGAAGGAACACCACGCUGAUGCCGGGCGACGGUCGAAUUGAAGAAAAAACACCCAGGAAAAAGAAUGCUCUUCACAAACAACGGGCCUGGGAGUGCCGACGGAGGGCGAGUGACUUGCCAGGUGUGCCAGUUGGAACCCGUGGCCUGGACCCAAGCUCAGCGGGCAUCGCGCGGACCUGUAUCGUGCGCCGGCAUCAGACAGCUCCAGGACCCAGCAGAUAAGAGCCGUCUGAGAAACCCCAGGCGAGUUCGACAGCACGACAGCAUGGAUACAGCCAAAACCGUCCAUUUGUUCAACGUGGCGCACUACGGCGCCUUCAGCCCGUUCCUGGCGCGGCACGCGGUGGCGCUGGACCAGAAUGCGUACGAGCAGGGCAUCCGGCUUCCGCCUGGCCACACGCACUGCGAGCGCUGUGGCGUGAGCCAUGUUCCAGGCUUGACCAGCUCUGUCCGCGUGGUGUACAAGGCGGCGGCCCGGGCCCGAAAGGCGGGGAGCCGAGGCAAGAAGACGGGCCCCGGGCC